AUGACGACUGAAGACAACAAGCCCAAGACCGCCGCCUUCCGCGUCGGUCUUGGUGACAUCACACCCAACAACCUGGGUCAGCUCAAGCGCCUGAACACAGUUCUUUUCCCGGUUGUUUAUACCGCUAGCUUCUACAAGGACGUGCUCGACGUUGGCGAGUUUGCAAAGAUUAUCUACUUUAACGACGUCUGUGUCGGCGCUGUCUGCUGUCGCAAAGAAAAUGUGGCUGGGUCGACAUCCCUGCAAAAUCUCUAUAUUGCGACUCUGGGAGUCCUCGCACCAUACCGUCGCCUUGGAUUGGGGUCCAAAUUACUGGAGCACAUCAUCGAGAAUGCAGAGUUGCCGCCUUCGACGGGACCCAAGAUUGCAAAGAUGUAUUUGCAUGUGCAGACGGACAACGAGGAGGCAUUAGAGUUUUACAAGAAGCAUGGAUUCAACGUGGCAGAGAAGUGCGAGAACUACUACCCACAGUUUGAAGUCUCGGAUGCAUUCAGGCUGGAAAAGGUGCUGGUUAAGGACGAGUAA